GAAUUCCGUCUCUUUUUUCCCUUUUUCGUUUGCAAAUUUUCUUGCACAGACGUCUUCUGAAAAACCGGAGAUUCGCCUUUUGUUUCUCGACCUCUCUCAUCAUGUCGACCUCGGAAGCAGCGGAAUCUAGUAUAGGCGACACGUUUGGGGUCCUUUAUAUAGGCUUCAUAGUCUCUAUGAUAGGCUAUGGAUUCACUUUCUUUCAAACUUAUGUCUACUUCUCUCGAUAUUCAAAAGACCUUUUCGUCAUGAAGGCGAUAGUGGCAUUUCUAUGUGUACUCGAUACUGCUUCAUCGGCUCUAAUUUCACAAACAGCUUACUAUUACUUGGUGACGACGUUCCCUCUGGCAUCAGCGAUGGUAGACGUUACGAUUUCAUUCUGCGCCGAAAACACCGUGGCGGCUGCUUUAAUUUGUAUUGUUCAACUAUUCUAUGCAUCCCGAGUAUGGAAGUUGAGUAAAAACAUAACAUUGACCUCCACCAUUACCCUUUUGUGUCUUGUUGGAUUUGCUCUUACUCUUGCCAUGACUGCGAUGAUGGUCCGCAAUACCGAGUUUGCUCAACUCGCAACGUCGCCGAGUAAAGCAAUCGUCGCCAUCGGGCAAUCAUCCGUGUUCGUUUGCGGAUUAACAACGUUUACUGCCCUCAGACUAUGCUCCCAUGGUGCUUAUUGGUCUGAAAAUACGCAGCGCGAUGACUGGUUCAACAAAACGAUCACUGUAUUCUUCUCGCAAGGAUGCAGCGCGACAUUGAUGCAGAUUACUUAUUUCGUUGUGUUCAUCGCAACGCCUACUCGUGUCAUCUGGAUUCCCUUUCAUUUAAUGUCUAGCAAACUGUUUAUCAACUGUCUGCUAUCACUGUCAGUAUAGCAUUUGGAAAGGAUACCAAUAAACUAAAUUCUUUCAGGUUGAACUCUCGGCAAGCAUACCAUGGCCAUGGUAUUAACCAUGAGGACAGUUCGAUUGGCCAGCACAAGUCGAACAUCAGUGGCUCCGGAAAGCCAGGUGUUCAUUUCAAUGUCGCAGAUGCUCAACCUCUCAUCAAUAUUGAGGUCUCUCGUACCGUAGAGCAGGACAUUAAUGUAAAGAAGAGCACAUUUGAUUCCGACGAGACAACCUUCGACAUAGACGAAGUAAUUCUCCUCCCUUUGCUUACGACGAGUUACUGUCUA